GUCACGUGGCAGCGUCAAACCCGGAAACGACACCCACAGUUGCUGUAGUUCGGCAGGUAUAGGCUCUUUUCUGGUUCUUACCUGCCAGGUGACUGUAAGAAAUGAAAACAACCAGAAGAAGUGAAACUUGAGAUGCUACCAAGACAACAUUUUGAGGAAUAAUUCGGCCUUAAUUACACUAAUGUGCCGGGAAACGCUGUUUUCUGGCUCUGGACGUGAAGUGGACGAUGCACUACUAUAGUCACACCUGUGUUUACCUGCUGAGUCUGCUCUGUUGUGGAUGUCUCCACCGCGCUGCCUGCCAAGCAGAGCCAGAGACUCCAGACUGGAGGAUGACUCUGAAGACGAUCCGUAACGGGAUACACAAGAUAGACACGUACCUGAACGCAGCGCUGGACCUGUUUGGAGGAGAUGACGGGCUCUGUCAUUAUAAGUGCACUGAUGGUUACAAGCCGGCAGCUCGCCCUGGAUACAAGAACCCACCACCCAACGGAUGUGGCUCACCGCUGUUUGGAUUUCAGUUUGACAUAGGCAUCCCGUCCAUGACCAAAUGUUGUAACCAACAUGACCGCUGCUAUGACACCUGCGGCCGUGAGAAGCACGACUGCGAUGAGCAGUUCCAGGACUGCCUCGAGACCAUCUGCAGGAAUGUGCAAAAGACUCUAGGAUUGGCCAAGAGUGUCCAAGCUUGUGAGUCAGCGGUGACUCUGCUGUUUGACGCUGUUAUGCACAUGGGAUGUAAGCCGUACCUGGACAGCCAGAGAGAGUCUUGUGUGUGUCAGUAUGAAGUGAAAAAGGAACUGUGACACCGCCGCAGGAUCAAGACUGUGGAACGGACUGAUUCAUAAGAACAACACUGACCGAGGGAUGCCAGCAAUAAAGAUCCCUUUCAGAUUGUCUCAGGGAUAGAGCAUCUUUGGCCUGCACUGACUUGUGUUCAUCACCGCCCUUUUAUUGGAGUUUGUAGUAUGUAUGUAGACAUCUAUUAGACAAAGUGAA